GCCAGCUUAUACCAUAAAAGCAGGAGCUCAGUCCUCAUCUGCAUCGUCUUCGUCACCAUGGCUUUCCUCUGGAUCGUGUCCUGCCUCGCCUUCAUUGGCGCUGCCUACGGUUGUGGCACCCCUUCCAUCGCCCCUCGGGUGACUCACCAGGCUCGCAUUGUGAAUGGUGAGGAGGCGGUGCCUCACUCCUGGCCCUGGCAGGUAUCCCUGCAGCAAAGCAAUGGCUUCCACUUCUGUGGAGGAUCUCUGAUCAACGAGAACUGGGUGGUGACCGCUGCUCACUGUAAUGUCAGGACGUAUCACCGUGUGAUCGUUGGAGAACACGACAAGGGUGCUGGCAGCACCGAGGACAUCCAGAUUCUGACUCCUGGUCAGGUGUUCACCCACCCCCAGUGGAACCCCAGCACCAUCAACAACGACAUUGCCCUCAUCAAGCUGGCCAGCCCCGCCACACUGAACACCCAUGUUUCCCCUGUCUGCCUUGCUGAGUCCACCGAUUACUUCGCCCCUGGCUCAACCUGCGUCACCUCUGGCUGGGGCCUGACCCACUACCUGGCUCCCAGUACUCCCAACAAGCUGCAGCAGGCUUCCCUGCCCCUUCUGUCCAACGAGGACUGCAGGGUCUACUGGGGCAGCAACAUCUCUGAUGUCAUGAUCUGUGCUGGAGGAGCUGGUGCCACUUCCUGCAUGGGAGACUCUGGCGGUCCUCUGGUCUGCACCAAAGACAACGCCUGGACCCUGGUUGGGAUUGUCUCCUGGGGAAGCAGUAGCUGCUCCAUCAACACUCCUGCUGUCUAUGCUCGUGUCACCGAGCUCCGCGGGUGGGUCGACCAGAUCCUUGCAGCCAACUAAAUGUUAGCGAUGGAUCACAAGUCCAAGCUGUGGGUCACCUGGAUCUCAUGAGGUCACCUUGACCUGCAUUUCAGCAGAACACGAGGAAGCCGACAAUAAAAGUUUUAAAAAAUCUUACA